AUGCCGUCGCCGCCACAGAAUGAAGCCGUGGCCAAUGAAGCAGGCGCCACAGGUUCCUCCGCUGCUGAAAUUGCCUCCUCAGCUGCUCCAGAUGGUCAAUCCAUAGUAGAGAAGGCCAUAGCUGAACUGCCACCAACUCUUGCAGAGAUGGCUAAAGAUCCUAAGAGAAAAGCAAAAUCUAGAGACCCUAGAUGGAAAUAUGGGUUCUGGCCAGAUCCUCUGAAGAAGGAGAUGGUGCAAUGCAUAUUCUACAAGAAGGUUGUUCCUGCAGGAAUCAAAAGGUUCAAGCAGCACCUUGCUGGAGGCUAUGGUGAUACAAUAAAAUGUCCACAAGCACCAGAGUUGAUCUGCAAAGAGAUGAGCAUUUACCUGAAAAAGAAUGCAAGAAGUGUGAUUGUGCAAGUGGAUGAAGGUGAAGGUGAAGGUGGAGGUGAACAAGAACAAGAGCAAGGUGCAGAGGAGGGUGAAGCUGUUGAACAAGUAGCAGUACCAAGUUCUGGGACAAGGCUUAAGCAAGCAAAGGCAGCAAAGCUGAAAGUUUCUCAAGCUGCAAUCACUUCUUUUAUGGUUUCUGGUCCAGUAAAACCACAAACACAAAAGUACUCCAAGUCAAUAAGUUCAAUGCUUUGCGAUACACCAGAGGAAGUAGUAGCAAAAAGGCAUAAAUAUGGUACUUCACAACCUACUCUUGAGCACUGCACAAAGAAAUCUAAGGAGGCCAAAGAAAUUGUUGAUGAUCAUGUCGCUGAUUUCUUUUAUGAGAAUGACAUAGCUUUCAAUGUCAUCAAUUCAAGAAGCUUUGAGAUUAUGGUUGAGUCCAUUGGGCAAUAUGGUCCUGGGUAUCGUGCACCAACAUUUCGUGAAAUUAGGGAGGAGCUGCUUGAAAGGGCUGUGCAGCGAACAACGGAACUGAGGAAGAAGCAUGAGAAGGCUUGGAAGGAAUAUGGUUGCACGAUCAUGUCCGAUGGUUGGACUGACACAAGCCGGCGUCAUCUCAUCAACUUUUUUGCCAACAGCCCAGCAGGGACCUUCUUCCUAGGCUCAGUGGACGCUUCAAGUGAAGUAGCUAAUGCACAAAUGUUAGCAGAUUUAUUGGAAAAGCAAAUUGAUAAGGUUGGAAAGGAAUAUGUUGUGCAGAUAGUCACAGACAAUGGAGGCAAUUUCAAGGCAGCGGGAAGGAUUCUAAUGGAGAGGAUCCCUCAUUUGUUUUGGACACCUUGUGUAGCACAUUGCUUGAAUUUGAUGAUGCAGGACAUUGGGCAGAAAAAGGAAUUCAACACAACUAUCAAUAUGGCAAAGAAAUUGUCCAGAUUUCUGUACAAGCAUGGAAGGCUUCUUGAGUUUAUGAGAAAGAAAAUAGAUGGAGAUCUUGUCAGACCUGCUGUGACUCGCUUUGCUACAUCAUAUCUCACUUUGGCAAGUAUGUUUGAAAAGAGACAAGGUUUGAAGGCUUUGUUUGUUAGUCCCCAAUGGAGUAGCAGCGCCUGGUCCAAAUCUGCUGAAGGACAGCAAUCAGAUGGAGAUGAGACACCAGCAGCACCUGAGAUUAUGGCAGCAAUGGAAGUGGCAAAGAGCACAAUCAAGGAGGACCUGAGAGCCAAUAACACUUUACUUAAACAAGUAAUGGACUGCUAUGACAGGAGGUGGGAAAACCAAAUGGAGCAAAAGUUGUAUGGUGCAGCCCUAUUCUUGAAUCCAGGCAAGUUCUUUGCCAUAAGGGAGAAGGACAGGAGGCAAGCUACAAGGCUAAGGUCCAUGUUCAAUGAUGUUUUUUGGAAGAUGGUGGCGGAUGAUGAUGAACAGUGCAAGAUUAGUAAGCAAGCUGAUGAUUAUGAGAGGUCUGAAGGUGAUUGCUUCUCAAAGCCAAUGGCAAUAAGAGAGAGAGAUAACAAGAAUCCUAUUUUGUGGUGGGGAUCAUAUGGUGGCCUAGCAUAUGAGCUCCAAAGUUUAGCAAAAAGAAUUGUGAGCCUUUGUUGUUCUACUUCUGGAUGUGAACGUAAUUGGAGCACAUUUUCUCAUGUCCAUACCAAAAAGAGGAACAGAUUAGAGCACAAAAGGUUGAGCAAGCUGGUGUAUGUUAGCUACAACCGGAAGAUGUCAAAUAGAUUUCAAAAAAUUAGAGAACUUGGCUCCAAAGCAAAGAAAUCCAACCCUCUGAUUCUUGAAGAAUUUAAUUGGGAGAGUGAAUGGGUUGAUGUAAAUUCUGAUCCAGUUCACACAGGAGCAGCAGUAGAUGCACCAGGAUAUUGGGGGCACCACGAGCAGUAG